UGCAGGAUUAUACCCCUCCAGCUGAUCCAGUUGUCUCCUCUUCUCCUGAAUGACCUCCCAAGGAUGGACAAGGACCGGAAUGAGAUGACUAAGAGAAUAUUACACUUCACCUUGGAGAUCCUCCACCUGCUUACCGGAGAGGAUUACACCAUAGUGAAGAAGACAUGGGGGGAGUGUGUGGCCCCCAGCAGUCAUCUCCAUGAGUCAGGAGGACGGAGCAGGGCCCGGGGCCCCAUCAUGGAGCCUCCACCUCACUCACUGAUACAUGAGAAGAAGAUCCUAGAACUCAUCCACAGGAUCACUGAGCUGCUCACUGGAGAGGUUCCUAUAAGGUGUCAGGAUGUGGCGGUCUAUUUCUCCAUGGAGGAGUGGGAGUAUGUAGAAGGACACAAGGAUCUGUACCAGGACAUAGUCAUCAUGGAGGAUCACCGGCCCCUCACAUCACAAGAUGGAGUCAUUGGUAGAAAUCCACCCGAGAGGUGUCCCUGCCCUCUGUAUUCCCAGGACUGUCCAGAGGGAAAUGUCCCGGAGAAGCAUCAGGGGGGAGAUCUGACUAAUAAUAAAGUGGAGGAUGAAGAAGAGAGGAUGAGCGGCCAUCACCCGUGUAUGAGGGAAGUGAAGGAGGAAAUUCCAGGAGGUGUUACCCCAGGAAAUUCCAGCAAGAAUUCUAAAGAAAUAUUCAUAUUAUCCCAGAAUAUUAAAGUAGAAGAUGAAGAUAUCAUGGAGUGCUACUCUGCAGACGACCUCCUUACCCAUAAUGCCCACCCACGACGGCACCGUACAGAUCUAUCCUAUAAUAACCCCACUUAUUAUGACCUAUCACAGUUUGUCACCACAGACCAGGACGGGGAGAAAAGGAUUCAAUGUGAUGAAUGUGGAAAACAGUUUACAAGAAAAUGGAGUCUUUUUACUCACAGAAGAAUUCACACAGGAGAGAAACCGUAUUCAUGUUCAGAUUGUGGGAGACGUUUCGCAAAAAAAUCUAAUCUUGUUGACCAUGCAAAAAGUCACACAGGAGAAAGGCCAUUUCCAUGUUCAGAGUGUGGGAAAUGUUUUGCACAUAAAUCACAUCUUGUUAAACAUGAGCGAGUUCACACAGGAGAGAAGCCGUAUUCAUGCUCAGAAUGCGGGAAAUGUUUUACAGGAAAAUCAAAUCUUAUUAGACAUGAGAGAAGUCAUACAGGGGAAAAGCCAUAUUCGUGUUCAGAUUGUGGAAAAUGUUUUACAGAGAAAUCCCAUCUUCUUAGACAUGGGAAAAGUCACACAGAAGAAAUGCUGUAUUCAUUUCCGUGUUCAGAAUGUGAGAAAUGUUUUAUUACUAAAGUCAAACUGAGAAAUCACCAGAGAAGUCACAGAAGAAAAAAAGAUGUUAAUAUAUUUAGAAAUUCACUCACAGUCCAGGACAGUCCAGAGUGAUGGUCACAAAGCUGAACUUCAUGUAGUAUAUACAGAUGAUAUAUUCAUAUGUUUAUUUAUUUCCGUGGAAUAAUGAGUAAAGUCUUUGUGAAAUUUGUUUGAAUUUGAGUCAUAAGAAUUAAUUGACCAUUUUCAAGCUUCUUAACCCCCUUUAUGUUCAGAAUGUGGGAAAUGUUAUUAUUGUUAUACAUGAGAGAAUUCACACAGAAGAGUGACCCCAUAUUCAUGAUCAGUACGUGGGAAAUUAACACAGGAGAAAAUCCAUAUUCAUGUUCAGAAUGUGGGAAAUCUUUUAAGAUAUUAAUCAUAUCUUGUUAUACAUGAGAGAAUUCACAAAGAAGCUGUAUUCAUAUUCAGAAUGUGGGAAAUGUUUUUCAGUGAAACUAAAAUAGUUUUUCAUUGAGCCCAUGAAAGCCCCUUUGAGAGUGUCCUCCUCCUUUCCUCGGGACAAGAAACAGUUAAAGGGGUACUCCGGUGCUGAAGCAUUCUGAACAUUUUGUUCAGAACACUCGGAGACUGAGGUUGUGAUCAUGAUGUCAUGACCACGCCCCUUGUGACAUCACACCAUGCCCUCUCCAUUUGUGUCUAUGGUAGGGGGCGUGUUGGCCUACACACCCCCUCCCAUAUACAUGAAUGAAGGGGCAUAGUGUGACUUCUCGACCACUGCUGCAGGAAUCGGGCAUUUGUUUAGAGUGCCGGGUCCUACGGAAGAUCGCGGAAGGGGGCCCAGCAUCAGGACCCUUGCGAUCAGAUGUCUAGCAGCGGAGUACCCCUUUAAAUAAGGCUUUAUUAUGUUAUGUUCUCUUAACUGAUCCUGAAUAAUCAUGAAAGGUUCCUCUACGGAGAUCACCGUAAUCUCUCCUACCCUCCUGGAGAUGUUAUACCUAAUAAAAAGGCUAGUUUAAAGGGGUACUCUGGUGGAAAACAUUAUUAUUAUUUAUUCCAAACCAUCAGGUGCCAGAAAGUUAAACAGAUGUUUAA